CGUGACCUAUAAAUGUCACGUGAUGUUGUGAAGUCAGCAGGGCUGGAGAUUAGCCGCUACCAUACAGGAAGCGACAUUUGCUUCAGAGAAGGUUUAAAGAGGAAUAACAUGGCGGCCUCCGGAAAGAAGACAAUAAUACAGCAAGAUGAGCUGAGGAGGCUAAUGAAGGCAAAGCAAAGAGAGGCUGCAACUAAGAAGAAAAUCGAGUCCCCGCUGGCGAAAUAUAACAGCCUUGGCCAAUUAUCCUGUGUUGUUUGCAGUACACUGAUAAAAAGUGAGUUGUUGUGGCAAGCGCACAUCCUAGGAAAGCAGCACAAAGAGAAAGUUGCAGAACUUAAAGGAACCCAAGUGAAAGCCAGUAGUCCAUCUGUCUCUACGCAGUUGUCACAGACUACUAAAAGGAAAGGUCCAGUUUUGGAAAGCCUUGAGAGUAAGCGUAUCAAAGAUUCAGAAGAUCAUUCUUCAGCUUCAACAGAAUCUACACUUCCACCAGGUUUCUUUGAGACGCAUAAUAAGUCGUCUAAUAUACAGACUCCAAGAAAUGUUUCGAACAUACGACUACUAGCAGAGGAUUACAAUGAUGAGGGUGAGGAGAAGGAAGAUGGUGAAAAUGUCCUAACAGUUCCAUCUUGUACACAGCAAUCCAUGGAUAACCCACCAAAAGCACAGGACAGCAGUCUUCCACCAGACUUCUUUGAUAGCAAGACAUCUGUGGUUUCUCAUUCGGGGUCUAUUUUGAAAGCAGAUGUACUUGAAAAACCUGUUCCAAUGAAAGGGAAUACAGCAGAAGCCUUACCUGAGGGAUUCUUUGAUGACCCAGACGUUGAUGCAAAGGUUAGGAAAGUCGAUGCUCCUAAAGACCACUUGGAUAAAGAGUGGGAAGAGUUUCAGAAGGAAAUGCGUAAAGUCAAUACUGUUUCUGAAGCAAUUAUGGCUGAAGAGGAUGAGGAAGGUCGAUUGGAUCGUCAGAUUGACGAAAUUGAUGAACAAAUUGAAUGCUACCGUCGGAUUGAACACUUGAGAAAUCGUAAGGAAGUUCUGCAUAGCACACUGAUGGAUGCUGUGAAAAGAAAACUCGGCAAACCUGAGGGAGGCGAUAUUGGAAGUGAUGAUGAAGAUAUUCUGCCAACUAUGCUAACUCAAAGCUGGCGGGAAAAGGGCGUUUUCCUUUAGACAAAAUAGAAUAUAAAUGCCCUAUAUCUUAUAGUUCUACACAUCUUUUAUUAAACAUCCCAAGUUUCUGUUUGAAAUAACUUCAGUAUUAGUAUGGAAACAGUUCUUGUUUAUGUAGGUUGCGUUGUUAUAUAUAUAUAUUUUUUUUAAUAGACCCUUUGUCUUGUACUAUCCAGAGCCCUAAUAUUUGCCAAUUAAUUUGUUCUUUUUUCCCCCUCUCUAUUUUUGACAAAUGUAACAAAUGUUUUUUGGCUCUCAGAAAACUCUCCAAAACUUUUUUCGGAAGUAUUUUGCAGUGGUUUUGGGUAGUUACGGAUUAUUGAAAUGCACAAAUAUAAUUGUAAUAAACUAGUAGGACGACAGGCACACUACAUCUGGUAAUAUGCGGCGAGAAAAAUG